AUGAUGUCUCUGGUGUGGGGUUCCUCCUCACCGCCCCCACCACCACCAGAAGCAGCAGUGAGCACAAUGGCAAAGAAAUGUGGAGGCUCAAGGGGUCUUCUGAGCAGCAGCAGCAGGGGUGUGGUGAGUAAUUCAAGUGGUGCAGUUGCUUCUAGUACUACUGGGUUUCCCUCAUUUCUUCCAAAGGAGGUGGAGAAAAUUAAAGAUCCUUAUGCCAGAACCUUGGCUCAAAGGAUGGAGAGGCUCCCCGUACAGAUUGGAUCCUCUGAAAGUUUUAUUAUGAGUAGUUGUGUGAAACCUCAAAAACAAAGUGAGAUCAAUCCAGUGGUUCUCCUUCAUUGCUUUGACAGUUCUUGUUUAGAGUGGAGGUGCGCAUACCCCCUGCUUGAAGAAGCUGGGUUGGAGGCUUGGGCUGUUGAUGUUCUUGGGUGGGGAUUCUCUGAUUUAGAAAGGCGCCCACCGUGCAGUGCAGCAUCCAAGCGUCAUCAUCUCUAUCAGUUUUGGAAGUCCUACAUCAGAAGGCCAAUGAUAUUAGUUGGACCAAGCCUUGGUGCUUCGGUUGCAAUUGACUUUGCAGUCCACCAUCCAAUAGCUGUUGAAAAGCUGGUUUUAAUAAAUGCAAGUGUGUAUGCAGAAGGCACUGGAGACCUGGCAAAGUUACCUAAAUUCUUAGCCUACGCUGGGGUUUCUUUAUUGAAGAGCAUACCUCUACGCCUUUAUGCAAAUUUGUUGGCCUUCAAUGGCAUUUCAUUAUCUACAACCUUUGAUUGGACUAAUGUUGGCCGUUUACACUGUUUGCUGCCUUGGUGGAAAGAUGCAACAGUCAGUUUUAUGAGUAGUGGAGGCUACAAUGUUAUUUCCCAAAUAAAACAGGUGAAGCAAAAAGCACUUGUGAUUUGCAGCGAGCAAGAUCAUAUUAUCAGCUACAAACAAAUAUUGAGGCUACGCUGUGAGCUUCCGUACGCAAUCAUGCGGCUAAUACCAGAUAGUGGUCACCUCCCUCAUGUUGAAAAUCCCACCUCUGUUGCGAAACUAAUUGCAGGGUUUGCUAGGAACGAUUGUUGCUGA